AUGCACAUGAGAUUGAAUUCGAUGGCACUGAGGUAUUUCUUCUUCCAGUUCUUCACCUUUCAAUGGCAUAUUUUACUACUCUAUGCCGCCUGGUAUUAUUACGAUAGGAACUCGCCAAAACGUGGCGGAUAUGCUAGUGAAUGGGUUCAACGAUGGACAGUGCACAAAUGGUUUGCCGACUACUUUCCGGUCACUCUUCACAAAACUGUCGAUCUAUCACCGAACCAUAAUUACCUUGUCGGCUGCCAUCCUCAUGGAAUUAUUGCUAUGGCCGUUUAUGCAAACUUCGCCACCAAUGGCACCGAGAAGUACACUAAAUUUCCGGGCAUACGCUUUUUGGUGUGCACUUUGACAUUCAACUUCAAAAUGAUGAUCAGACGUGAACUUCUGCUUCUACUCGGCUGCAUAGAUGCGUCAAAGGAGAGUAUCGAAUACGUUCUCGACAGCCCUGAAACCGGUCGCGCAGUCGUUAUAGUGGUCGGAGGAGCCGAAGAGGCAUUAGACGCACAUCCUGGCUACCACACACUGGUCCUCAAAUCACGGAAAGGCUUCGUCAGGGAAGCGCUGAAAACUGGUGCAUACCUGGUUCCAGUUUACUCCUUCGGCGAGAAUGAGGUCUUCGAACAGGUCGAAAACCCGAAAGGAUCGACCGUACGGCGAUUUCAAUCAUGGAUGAAGCGAUUUGGUGGUUUUUCCCUGCCGUUCUUUCAUGGGCGAGGCAUCUUCCAGCUCACAUUCGGCUAUCUGCCUUUCCGGAAGCCCAUUGAUACGGUAGUUGGAGCGCCGAUUCCAGUCAAAAAGACGGAAAAUCCGACACAGGAGCAGAUCGAUGAACUCCAUGAGAUUUAUAUCGAGAAGCUGAACAGCCUGUUUGAGGAGCACAAACAGCGAUACGGUGUCCCAGCUGAGACGAAAUUAGUAUUUGAAUGA